AUGGCUAACCCUUUGAACAAUCAUUGGAGUAUGGUGAAACACAUUCUCAGCUAUCUCAGUGGCACUACUACUUUUGGUCUCAGGUUAUCUCAUGCAAGCUUGAAUCAAGACCUUUCUAUUAGAGCCUACAGUGACUCUGAUUGGGCUAAUGAUCCUGAUGACAAGAGGUCAAUAUCUGGCACUUGCAUAUUUGUUGGUCUCAACCAUAUUUCGUGGAGCUCCAAGAAGCACUCACUUGUGGCUAGGUCGAGUGCAAAAGCUGAAUACAGAGCUUUGGCACACACCACAACUGAGUUACUCUGGUUGCAGUCUCUGCUUGCUGAAUUAAAGGUUAAGUGCUCCUCUCCCACUCUACCGUGUGACAACUUAAGCGUUGGGAUUAUAGCUGUCAAAAUGGGCUAG